GAAUCUAUUUCAGCGUUCGCUCUCGUUUAAUAUUACGUUAGUAUAAGCAGUACAGUGACCGCAACAUACUAUUUACUCGCUGUCGGUAGAAACUUUAUUUCAAUUUAAAAAAUAUAAAAAAUGGAUUCGUACGGAGAGCUGUAUGGUGUUUUACAUAAGCUGAAUCCCUUGUCCGAUUCUCAUUGGCCUUGUAUAAUCAGUUUUUGCGUUGGAUUAAUCGUUCUGAUAAGGAUGUACAUGGGCGGUGCUAUAUGUCCGAGUGAUGAUCGCAUCGAUGAUGCGGUUGUAAUUAUCACAGGCGCUUCUAGUGGAAUUGGUAAAGAGAUUGCCUUAGAAUUGGCUCGCAGAGGCGGUCAUAUCAUCUUAGCCGUCAAAGAUGUGGCAGCCGGAGAAAAAGUGGCACGUCAAAUUCGAGAUAUAUCUGGACGAGAUGCGGAAGUCAAGGCGAUCGAUCUUUCCUCGUUGAAGAAUGUGCAGAGCUUUGUCGAGCAGUUGGAAACGAGGAAAGUAGACAUACUGGUAAACAAUGCUGGAAUAGUUUUUCAUCCGUUUGAAAAAACUGCGGAAGGAUUCGAAAUGCAUUUUGUAACGAAUUAUCUAGGUCAUUUCUUACUUACACAAUUGCUUCUACCGAAAUUAUGCGCAGCUGGACAAAGCAAGAUAAUAAACGUUUCUUCACAAGCGCACAUAAUCAGUGCUAUACACCUGGAAGAUUUGAAUUUAGAAAAGGACUUUACUGCGAGGGAAGCUUUCGGGCAGAGCAAACUGGCGUUAAUUUUGAUGGCGAGGCAUAUGAGCAAAUUAUUGACAGAUACGGAUGUCGCAAUUAAUACCGUAAACCCUGGCAUUGUGAGAGGCACAAGGCACAUGCGUUAUUCGCCGUUAAAUUCGACAUUUCUGAUCAAGCUGAUAAUGCAACCGUGGAUGUGGUUAUUUCUGAAAAAUGCCGUUCAAGGUGCCCAAACUGCCGUUUACGUGGCCGUGAGCAGAGAAUUAGAGAAGCAUUCUGGAAAAUAUUUCAGUGACUGCCAAAUGUAUACACCGUCGGUCAAUGCUGUCGACGAUACAAUGGCAGAAAAAUUAUAUACCAAGUCUCUUAUAUUGAUAAAACCUUAUGUGCGCAAAUCUUUAAUUAAUCAUGAAGAAUGAUUAUGAAAUAAGCAUGUUAUUUUACAUUCUACACAUCAUUGUCAGCAGAUAAAUUAG